AUGGAAGAAGGAAAAAUAGAUAUUAACAAAAUUCAUGUGCUCCUUUACUCUAAACUAGAAAAAAGAGAUAAAAUUGAAAAAGAUCCUUUUAAAGUUGUUACUAAAUGUUGUGGAAGUGGUGGAGAAGCUAAUGAAACAGCUGAAUUAAGUGGAGAAAUUGAUAAACUCAAACAAGAAAAUAUUGAUAUUGUAAAAGAUUAUCAUAAAAUUUCAGUUAAACUUAGCAAUGUUGAACAAGAAAAAAUUGCUGUUGAACAAGAACUAGAACAAACUAAAAAUAUGGUCAAAUUAAAACAAGAAGAAGUUAGUGUACUUCAAACUAAGAAUGAUGAAGUAAUAAAAGACAUUCAAAGUAAAAUUGAAAUGAUUAACGUUAUUCGUCAAGAAAGUUCUGCUCAUCAAAUUAAUAGGAUUAGACUUGAAGAUGAUUUAAAACGAUUAAAUAUUGAAAACCAUCGAAUUAUGGAUGAAUAUGCUAAAUUAGAACAAGAGUUAAGAGUAACAAAAGAGUUGUACUCUAAAAUUCAAACAAACCCUUCUAUUACUCAACAACCACAAGGAAAUAAUUCAUCAACUCAGUCUUAUUUAUCAAAUACUAAUACCUCUUCUUCUCAAGUAAAUGGAAUGAAUUUAAGUGCAAACAAGUUACCUACAGAAUGUAAAAGACAAGUCACUGGUCAUUCUAGUGAUAUCUUAUGUUUUAGAUAUAAUUCAAAUGGUACUGUUCUUGCAUCUGCCUCAGCAGAUAAAACAGUAAAGUUAUGGGAUGUUUCUACUGGUAAAAUUAAAUCAUCGGUUGGAGGUGUAUUACAAAGUUUUACACAUUUAUCUUUUAGUCCAAUGGGAGAUAUGUUACUUGCCACAAGCAAUGAUUCUACUGCUAAAGUAUGGUAUUUAGCUAAUUCAAGAUUAAGACAUAGUUUAACUGGGCAUAAUGGUAAAGUAACUUGUGGAGAAUUUUAUGACACUGAUAAAAUUAUGACUGGUAGUCAUGAUAGGACAUUAAAAACAUGGGAUGUUAAUAAAGGUUAUUGUCUUAAAACUACAGUAUGUUUUUCUAGUUGUAAUUGUAUGAUGAUGGGGGGAAUGGGUAAUUUAGUACUAACUGGACAUUGUGACAAUACUAUAAGAUUCUGGGACGUUAGAAGUAAAGAAUGUAUUGAUAUUAAUAAAAGUAUUCAUACAAGUUCUGUGAGUGAUAUCAUCAAUGUAUUAGAUGGAAGAUAUUUUGUCAGUAUUGGUAAAGACAAUAUUAUUCAAUACGUUGAUGGUGUAGACAGAAAAGUUAUUUCAUCAUUUUCUCAUCCAGACUUUACAGUAACAAGUUCAUCUAGAAUAUGUUGCUCUCCUGAUGGAAAGUACAUUAUUGCAGGUUCUUCAAAUGGAGAAGUUUUCUGUUGGGAUACCCAAUCAAAGAAGUUAGAGACAGUAUUAAAACCAAAGUUAACUCAACCAACUAAGGCUGGGUGUUAUGCAGUUUCAUGGAAUCCAGUUCAAUCACAAAUUGUUUCGGGACAUGCCAAUAAGAUUGUUAUAUGGGAAAAUUAA